GGUUAAAUAUGAAAUGAUGGGAAACGAUGAUAAAGUUUAAAAACCCAUAGAAAUGAGACGAUUGUUUUUGUGCGAUCAUAGACAUUUCACUCUAUGAGAGUGCGUAGUGCCAUCGACAUGAUUGCCGUAACUCACGAGAAGAUGUCGAAGUAUCCUCGAAUCUCAAAGAUAAGAGAACGGAUAACAGGGAAGUUAAAAAAAUAACCUGCUGUUUUUUGCUAACUACGAUGUAUUUGAAGUCGCUUUUAAAUCACGUGAAUUUUCUCAUUUCCGUGACGACUAUGUAUAUAUGUGGUGUUUCUGUCAAUUAUCACCAUUCUAUUCCAUAAAGACGUUAAGAUAUAUAUAGAUGCAGCUCUGGAAACAUCUGAGAAGCAAAUGUCACGUGUUUCAUGCCACUAGCGCAUGUUUCCCGACCAUUACAAUCAACUGUAACUCGUUAUGGAUACAGGUUCCCGAAAGUAUAUUUAUCGCCCACUUAUGACGCCCUCGCUCAACACUUAUUCAGUUUUAUAUUCAACGCAUGUAGAAAAAAAAUGUAAUAAUCGCUUGAGGGCUGUAUGAAAUUUGUGGUUCACCUGCCCUUCGCGUGACUCUUUAACCGUCUGCAUUUGUGUUCGUUUGUAUUGUUUCAACAUGCAGCGACCAAUGCAGUGACCACCUGCGGCAUACCCGCAUACCACAGUCAUCACAAUACACUUAAUAAAACUCUGCAACAUAUUAAAGAGCGUUUUGCUAAUGACAAAAUUAUUAUGGCGAAUGAGAUGAAUACUUUGGUAGCGCGUGCAAACAAAUGCAGCACAUUGCUCAAUAUGGAGAAAGCUGGAAGCAUUAAUUGAGUGCGCUUUCAUUUUGUAUAUGUAUAUGUCAAGCCGAACAGGGAACAAAACGCCUUUCUUAUCCGAAACAAAUAUUGCUUAUAACAAAUAACUAUGCAAGCCAUGCCACAGCCUGUUGAUGAAAACCCACUGCCAACUACCGAAUCUCGAAACGAUGUUAUCAAAUUCGAUGUUGUCGUUGUCGGUUCAUGUAUGACUGAUCUUGUAAGCUAUGUAACCCGACUACCAAAAGCUGGCGAGACAUUGCACGGAAAUAAAUUCACGAUGGGUUUUGGCGGAAAGGGAGCGAAUCAAUGCAUCAUGGCUGCUCGAUUAGGUUGUGAUACGUCAAUGGUUGCAAAGUUGGGUAGAGAUUCCUUUGGCGAAAGAUACAUGCAGAAUUUUAUCGACAACAAUGUCGACGUUGCGUUUGUUGGUGUAACAGACAAAGCUUCGACUGGUGUCGCUCCGAUAACUGUUGAUACCAAUGGUGAGAACUCAAUUGUUAUUAUCAGUGGUGCUAACAUGCACCUGACUGAAGAUGACGUUAGAGCAGCGAAAGAUGUGAUUACGUCAGCGUCCGUUGUCGUUUGUCAACUGGAAAUCAAACCAGAGGUCACACAACUUGCUUUAUCAAUUGCAAAGAAGGCAGGAGUGAUAACGAUAUUCAAUCCUGCGCCUGCGCAGUCCUGGUUAGAUACCGUCUUUUACAAGGAUAGUGAUGUGUUUUGUGCCAAUGAAACAGAGGCAGAAAUCCUGACAGGCGUUAGCAUUGUAAGUAUCGAAGACGCUUUUAAUGCGCUGCCUGUGUUGCUGGGUCGGGGUGCAGACAAAAUUGUCAUUACCUUGGGUGAAAAUGGAUCAGUGGUUGCAACGCAAGAGGAUCCCACUCCACGUCAUGUACCCAGUAAAGAAGUUAAACCUUUGGAUACGACGGGUGCAGGAGAUGCAUUCGUUGGAGCUUUAGCGUUUUACUUGUCCAAGUAUAAAGGACUGACUUUUGUCGAAAUGGUCCGAAGAGCGAACGAGAUCGCUGCUAUAUCAGUAUGUGGGCCUGGUACCCAGACAAGUUAUCCUACAGUAGCUAAAUUGCCACCUGCACUUUUUGAUCCGCCCGGUGUCAAUUCCUGUCCGCAACGUAGCCCGAAACCAGACACCACAAUCGUACAAUGUCGAAGGCUGUCUGAGGAUAGACGACGUGGAUUGAGCUUAACUAGUGAAGGUGUUCAAAUGCGUGAGAGUAAAGCACGAAGCCCAAACGAUUCUCCGUCGAAAGGCCAGCGAAGAUCUAGCGGUGACGACCCACAUUCGAUGUCAAAGAAGACCCGAGGUUUUUUUGGCCGUCGUCGAAGCGAGGGCUCAGUCGGCUCAAGAAGACAACUAAACGAACAAGGCAAAGCAAAUGGGAAGGUGAGUAAAGAAGAUAAUGAUGAUGGGAGUAGUGAUACGAAGGAAGAUGCUUGUGGGCGAAGAGGAAGUGUUCCUCAAGUACAAGGUGUAGUCUUGUCUCGGGUCCAAUCUACUGAUCGUGAGACAACGAUAAAUUUUUGAGAAAUUUCAACAGUUUUACGUGUAGAUUAACAGGCGCUGGCGCUUUUUAUCAGAUGAUAUUUGCGUUUAUAGAUGCUCAUAACGUAUUCUUAUAUUCAACUAACGUUAACCAAAAAUAUUAACAGGAUUUUCAAAUAUUGCAUACAAAUAGCUUUGAAAAGUCAGAAAGGGAGCGUUGUUUUACUGUCUUCCAGCGUGUUUUCUAAGUGCAUUGCAUUGAUUACUUCUGGUUUGAACCUGACCUUUACAGUAAUUCUUGUUACAUAAAAGUAGUCUUUAAAGCUUUGUCUGUUUCACACACCGUCUCAUCCUUGAAAUUUUCAAAAUCUACGAACGAUUGAAAUCAUCAAGUUUGAUUCAUAUCCAGGAACGCGACUUCUGUCUCGAGUGAUUCGCGUUCAUCUGAUGUCAUAUAGAUAUAUACACAUGUAGCUGUAAUGCACGUAGUGUGAUAUAAAUUCACAAAAUAUUUUAAUUAAAUUAAUGUCAUUUGAAA